CUAGGACACGUAGGCAUGCCCAGGCUGAGUCAAACUGCGUGGCAGCAGGCCCUCUGAGCCAGACCGGAAGCAGGCGUGGAGGAAGGCAGGAAACCGGAAGUGGGUGGCGGCGGGAGAAGGCGGGAGCGGGUGAGCUUCCUCAGCCCGAAGGGCUGGCUCUGGGGGAGGCUGCUGGGCGUCUGCUGGGGAUCAGGAAGCCUCCGGGCCUGGCCACGAUAGCCCUGCUCUUUCUUGUUUCGUAGGCCUCAAGGAGUGACGUUAUGGUUGAUUCACACGUUCGAGGAGUUCAAGUAAAGGAGAACAUUAAGUUCACACCUUCAUUAUCUGAACAGCGGCAUAAGUUUGUUUUAGAUUUUGUACGGAAACACAAACCCCAAAAGAUUCCCUGUUCACUCAAGACUUCCUUGUCUUCUUUCUUGAGGAAGGUUGCAGAUUUGGGAUGUGCCAACUGUAAGCUCUUGUGGAGGCUAAAAUAUCAUGAAUCCAUUGAGGUGCUUGCUGGACUGGAUAUUGAUGAGAACAUAUUAACACGGAACAUUUAUAGGUUACAUACAGGUGCUGGAGACUAUCUAGAUCCCAGGGAGAGGCCUUUAACUAUUACCUUAUAUCAUGGCUCUGUGGUGGAAAAAGAUCCUUGCCUCCUUGGAUUUGAUUUGAUAACUUGCAUAGAAUUAAUAGAACAUCUAGAAGCCAAAGAGUUGUCCCAGUUUCCAGAAGUAAUAUUUGGAUUCUUCUCUCCAACCACGGUUAUUAUCAGCACACCAAAUUCCGAAUUUAAUCCCUUGUUUUCAGGAAAGACACUAUUCCGACAUCCAGAUCACAAGUUUGAAUGGGACAGAACACAAUUUCAAAGUUGGGCUUUAGAUGCAGCAAGACACUAUGGUUAUUCAGUGGAGUUUACUGGAUUAGGGGAACCACCACCUGGAGCUGAGGCUGUUGGGUUCUGUACUCAGAUAGGGGUCUUUGUGAAAACUAUACCAAACACUGUUAAAUCUCUACACGAUGAAAAAACUAUAGAAUGUGCUCAUACAACAGUUGGUACAGUGAUAUAUCCAAGCCUGAAGGAAGAAAAGUACCUUCGGAAGGCAGUAUCCAACGAAGUUUUUUCUCAAAUCUUAAAAAUGAAGAGAGUUCUACUGGAGAGUCUCAAGAUGAAGAAUGACAAUGAUAAUAGUGAUGAGCUUGAAUUUGUCAAGCCUAAAUGUGAUGAGUCCAAAAAUGACCCCACUGAGGAGAUCCCCAAGCCAUUCUGUAUUGAAAAUGUAUUUUAUGUACCCCUGGAAAGGCUUUUCUCUUUCCCCAAAAUAAAACACCUAUGUGGUGACCUUGAGACGUUAAAAAUGCUAAUUGCCAAUGAAGUAAUGCUAAGCAGUGAUGGUUCUUCUGUCAUGAUUAACACUGUCGAUGAAGAGGACUGUGAUUUGAGUGACAAUGAUGGGGAUGACUUACGAUUUGUUUGACUACAGUGGGGAGAAGCAUAAUGGUGGUGGCUCUGAUGGGACUUGCCUAUGAUGGGGAUGACCACAAAGAUCACUGCCAAGUCAUCGUUGUUUUCACAAAUUCAGGGAAUUAAACUUCUUGAUGGGCUCUGCUGGUUUUUUUUUCUUGUAGGAAUCUUAGGACAGUUUUAUUAGUUUGAGGUUUGGGGUUAAAUUUAAAUUACUGAUGUUGUAAACAAGUGGUGCCAACCUGAAAUAGAAAUGGGGCCACUAUACCAUUCCUAAAGAUCCUUAGGGGCUACAUAUUGACUCAGAAAAAACCACAUUACCAUUAUGUAUGUUCUGUUGUAUUUUUAUUUUGUUAUAAAUGUCCUAGUGAUAUUCUAAUCUAAUUGUUGGUUUGACACAGCUGGUUCAAACUCCUGGACUCCCUUAGGCCGACUCUCCUUACCAGAAACACCUGAGCAGAACUACCUACACCUUCAGAUCGCAGAGCUAGAUUAUGCCCUUCUGUGCUAAGCAUUAAUGGCAAAAAAAAAAUGUUCCUAGUGAGAGAGACAUGUUUUCAUUGGAACUCUCGGGGUAGAUGUUAUUUACCCCAUGCCAAGGUGAUUUGGCAACUCUGCUGGAGGAUUUGUCAGCAGCUUCUCUGGCUUGCCUUUUUGUCCCACCUGGGCCUGCAAAAGCCUGCUCAGUUUCCCCUUUUUGUUUUGUCUUCUCUGGAGCUUAAGAGAAUCCUGCUCUGGAGUUCUAAAAUGGCCUUGCAUAGAUUGUAAGACAGUGCUGUUGAUAGUGGAAGCUGAGGAAAAAACUGGGGGAGAUGAGUGAACAGGGAAUUAUGGGUUCAGGAAGUAGGAAACAAGAACAGGAGGGUGCAGUGUUGUAUAUGAGGGAGGAGGAAAUGUUAGGCCGUCAGCGACUCAAAGACUAAUGGCUAAUGUGAGAUGAAUAUCAAAGUGAACAUUCUUGUAAAAGGAGUCCAGCUUCAGAAUGGGGCAUUUUUCCUCAGUACCUUCUUUUCUUCCUGUACUCUCCACCUUUAAAAAGCUUUCAUCUUUUUACUGCCAGGCAUCCUGUUGUAUCUCCUUAUUUUCUUACAUUUGUGUUCUUGUAACACAACAUUAAUAUUGAAAAGAGAUAGGACCUGUGACCUUGUUGAAGAGAAAACGCCCUCUUUCAACUGCCCAGAGUACAACUUCACUUGUCCAUGUCAGACCUGAGAGUCAAAUCCAGGCCUUCCUAGCUUCAAGGCCAUUUCUAAUCAUUCAACCACACUGUCUUUGCAUCAAUUACAUAAGGGAUUCCUUCACUUCCUAUUAUCUCACAGCUCCCUGAUAUUAGCUGUUGACUCUGAACAUUUGCUUUAUGCACCCUGACUCUGGAUUGCAGGCAUAGAAACAAAUCUGAUGUGCAGAAAUCAGACUCUCCAGUGUCGGACAAAAACCAAAAACAGCCAGAUGGGACAGUUCAGAUGGGAAAGUCAGGCUUGUGUUGUAGGAAAAAUCUUCAUGCUUUUAUUAAAAUGUAAAAUGACUUGAGUAUACCUGCUUAGUCAGGAAAGUAAUACUUAAAUUGACUUAGAAAAAAGAAUCACAUGUAGGCAAUUUGGGAAAAGUGGAAACCAAAACUAUCACCUAGGACUCUAUGAGCAGGUUCCUCAAGAAUCCUAGAAGCUUCAGCUGCUUAAGAUUUCACAAAGAUUCUGAGCUGAAAAGUAACUUGGAACACAUCUAGUUCAGUCUGCGCCUAACAAAAAUAUUACCACCACAACAGAUUUUUAAUCCCAGUGAACAGAGCCCCAACUCCCGAGGGAGCCCAUUCUACUUCUGUACCUCUCUGACUGUUGGAAGUUUUCUGCAUAGCAAGACUAUUUUCUUUCUAUUUCUUGUGGUAUUGUCCUCUGGUACCAACUAGAACCAGUAAUUCAACUGAAAUAAUGCAAGGCUUGUGCUGAGGAUAUAAAGUCUGUCAUCUAGGCGCUUAAGGUCUUUUAGGGAGUACCGUUUGUAAAUAUAAGUAAGAUAAUUGGAGAAGGGACAUAACACUAAUUAGAGAGGGGAGGGAAAUCAGGAAAGAUUACCUAUAUGACUGGCUCAUAAAUUCAUCUUGAAAAGCUAAGGAUUCUAAGAGGCUGAUGCAUUCCAGGUAUGUAGGACAGCCUGCUCAAAGGACCACGGGGACAGUGGGAAGGCCAGUUUAGCUAUAGCAAGGUGGCACAGUGACUAGAGCGCUGGGCCUGGAGUCAGAAA